AGAUAGAAUGGUCGAGAAAUGAUGCAGGUUAAUCUAUUUUCUAGUCAGGACAAUCUCUCUCCUACUCCCCGGUCCUUGAGCCCCUCCAGCUCCUUGAAGUCCCACUGCAUGUCCCUGGAGAAUGAACUCUCUGAGGAUUUAAACCGCGGAGAUCUUCUUAGUGUAUUCAACUCAAAACCUCUUCCCACGAAUAACAAUGAGUUCCCGAAGGAUAUCUUCACAAUCACUCAGGGUCCUGAAAGAAUUGUCCCUAGAGUUAAGGAGAGAAGGUUGAGUUGCUCCGAUCAUCAUAAAACCCUUCUCAACGCAUCUAAGGAACUCUGCAUAGAUAAGGAGUUUGUUGAUGUGCAUAUCCAAUGCGAAGAUGGAACUAUUGCGGCUCACGCUCUCAUAUUGGGUAUUUCAUCCCCCUUUCUUAGAUCUCUUAUAGAGAACGAACUUUCAUCUAGUAUAGACUCCAAGCGUGGAGUUGAACCCAUUGUUAUCGUUCUUGCCGACGUCAAGGUUAGCCUUAUCCAGGUCCUACUGGAGGUACUGUACACUGGAUCUGUGGUUACCCAGGAGGGACAGGUUUAUGCUCUCAUGAAGCUGUUAUAUGAUCUUGCAAUUAAUAUUUCUAUUGGUGCGGAGAAAACCAAUGUUCCGUCUACAAAAUUUGAUAUAACUCCGGUGACAAAAUCUAAUAAUGAUUUCGAGUGUCAAUCUUGUCGACCAAGGAAACGAUCCAGAAUCGACACCUUCGACAGCACUAUCAAUGCUCUUUUCGACUCAAACAGCAACAUACAAAGCUCAAAUAAUAAAAGUAUGCGACUAUCAUCCCAGGAUGGAUUGAACCUGUGGGGGAAGUCCGGAGGUCUGGUGGUCAAUAGUUUGACCGCUAGCGGAGUAGAGGUGAAGCAGGAACCUGAGGAGAAACCAACCAUGUCGGAGGAACGUCAGUACGACCAGUCGGAGUUAAGACAAGCCUUGAAACAAGCAAACUUUAGCCUGAGCAGUAACUCCGUGAAUAACAAUCAGCUGAGUCACUUCGUGUCAGUAAAUCCAGGAUACCAGGUUAAGCUAGAACUUCCUCCCAGCUCUAAUGUUCAGCUUGGAAAUAAUUCCCUGGUUCAAUCCUCUCCACAAACCACAGUAUCAAAGGACUCCUCCAGCUCUGACGAUCCUCUGGCUGCGAUCAUGAAUCAGACAAUCUUUGGAGGGGACGGAUUGAAUAUGUACAUUCAAGUAAGCAACAAUGUUUCCUCAUUUGUAAACUCAAGUCCUAAACCCCAGCAGCCAGCUCAAUCCAAACCUCAGGAGAAAGAGAAGGACGCGGGUUCGGUAACCAACUCUCAGUUCCAGGAGAACCUGGAGGAUUUAUCCUGUACUCCUGAUGAUGACGACAUCAAUACCUCCUACAACUGUGAGACCUGUAACCGAGUAAUGAAGGGGAAGGUGAUGCUCCAGGCGCACAGGUUUCAGGAGCACCAUGAGAACCCGGAGUUUGAAACCUCGUCCUUCCCGGAGGAUAAGUUCGCCUGCAGGGUUUGCUUGAAACUCUUCACCAGGAACUCGGACGUCAAGGCGCAUAUUCUCCGGGUUCAUUGUGGAGAUAGGAGAUAUCCUUGCACCCAAUGUGGGAAACGGUUUAAAGAAUCAACGCAUCUGCGUAAGCAUCUGUAUACGCAUACCGGAGAGAGACCUCACUUCUGCAGUUACUGCUCCAAAGGUUUCCAGACCAGCUCCGACCUGAAACGUCACAAGAAAACCCGUGUCCACCAGGAGAGAGUGGACCAGUGCAAUGUAGAACGAAAUCAUUCAAAUCCCGAGACUCCAACUGACAAAAGUAUGGAUGCAAAUAUAGAUUUCCAACGGUGGAACGAGGGAGAUGAAGAAGAUUUAGCGACCACAUUAAACUCUCAUGUCUCUCCCUCCUCUCCCUUCAGCAACCUCAGUUCUGUUCAGUCCCAACCCAGCACUCCACCCUUCUCCACCAUGAACUCAAACAGCAAUAUUGGUUCUCCUCUCUCCGGGAUAUCGGGUCAACGCUCCCAACCCAACCUCCCGUUCACAACAUCAACAUCUCAGUAUAUUCAGCUCCCUCCUAGGCAGAGCAGUGGUUCACUUGUCUUCAGCUCAUCACUCUCCAACCAGACUCAUCAGGUUCAUUUUGUAACAGAUUCUUUACCAAAAUCCUCCUGGCAGUCCCAACCCAGCAACUUGCUGCUCCAGAACCAAACCUUAUCCGAUAAUCAAACCCUGAACAAUAUUGGACUCACCAGCUCACAUCUCGGAGAUACAAUCUCAUCCCUGCAAACCCAAAACCUUGGAGUUCAGAACCUGACCCUGCCCAGUACAACCCUAGACCUCUCUGAUAUCAAGUGGGGGAUUCUGGACUCUGCGGUCAUCAUAAAGAGGUCGGGUUCCUCCGACUCUCCCUUGCAGGAGGAGGAAAGGCUGACGAUCCAAGAAGAUCUCUAGCGAUCAAUCACUCUGAUGUGUUAAGUACUCACGACUGAUAUUUCACUUGGAUCCAAGUAUUAGGGUUCCUUAUCUCCAUGUAUCCGGUUCAUAUGACUUGGUUAGGAUGAGGGGAGAAGGUUUUAGAAUCUAUAUUUGAUAUACUCUAACAUAUGCAAUGUUGAAGAGAUGGAGAUGAGUAAAGUACAAAAGUAAUCAAAAUUGACUCAAAC